CUCAUUCAAUAAUAACACAUCUCCUAGCAUUCUAAGCUUUAAACAUGAACAAAUCAGUUUUCUCUUUCUUCAUCACAGUUUCUCUUUUGCUUCUUCUGGAGGCUGCAUCUACAUGGAAUGGCACAAGUGAGUUGAGAAAUGAUGGAUGUGUUCCAGGAGAUAGCGUCAGAGAAUGCAUAAUGGCGUCGGCUGAGAAGGAGGAGGUGGUACGGCGGAUUCUGCAGCCAAGGAAGUUUAUAAGCCCAAAACCUCUGCAGCGACAGCCUGCUUUACCCUGUAAGAUCGCCGGUAAUUGUAUCAAAGCUGUUAAUGGGAAAGACACUACUUGCACCUACUACGACCGUUGCCAACGUUCAGCUUAAAUUUUUCUUCUUCCUUUUAUCAUUGUAUCUUCUAUAUGUUGCUUUUUCCCCUUAAUCAUGUGUGUUUUAUGAUAAUUUGGUUAAAAAGA